GUUGCUUCCGCGACCCGCGCUAUUGUCAGUCCCGCUGUCACCUGCGCUCGCGACGGUUCCGUGCCCGCUCGAGUACGCGCAAGCACGUUUUUCCCCUUCACCGAGGCGACCUUGAAAAGUACCUGACGGAGUGAGCGAGAGAAAAAGAAAAAGAUAUAUAGAGAGGACACAAGAGAGAGAGAGAGAGAGAAAGAGAGAGAAACAAAAGCACACAGGAGCUCUUUUAUAGUGGCGGCACUUAUGUAAUCGCGACGGAGGUAGAGGAGGAUACGAGGAAAAGCCGUGGUGAGAACUACGUGUGAGUGUCUCAGCAUCUAUUGCGAGAGAGCGAGAGAGUGAGCGAACGAGCGAAAGAGAGAGAGAGAGAGUGAGAGCGAGAGAGAUCGCGAGAAUCUGACGGAGAUUUCCAGAAAGAAUUUCACGUGAAAAGCGCGAGAUUGUUCGGCGCUUUUGAAUCGCGCUCCGGAGCCCCGCGUGCUCGAUUAUAUAUAUAUUAAGCGGGUGCUCGAAAGUCUCGGAGGAAAUAUUUCGAUACGCAGAGAGAAAGAGAGAGAGAGAGAGAGAGAGAUUGAGUGAGCGAGCGGGAGAGAGAGAGAGAGAGAGAGUUUCACGUAUCCAAAAACGGACGCGGGCCAACGGGUCCAGAAAAUGGACUCGCCUGUCAUCGUGGACGCAGCAUCCAAAUUCGGACGAGGGAUCGAUCUGGACCGCGCGUUCCCCGGUUUCCCGUUCGACGACGACGACAGCGACAACAGCUUCGGCCGUCGCAGCGACGGCAUCCGCGCCCACCUCGACGAUCUCGCGUCACGCCACCCCGAGCUCGCCGAGCACCUGCUCGGUCCGCCUUGGGGCGACGCGCCCCUUCACGGCUCCCUGUUACGCGGCCGCCGCCGGCGCCGCGGUUCCGGUAGCAGCGGCGGCCAGGGUUACCAAGGUCACCAGGUGGACGAGGACGCGCGUAGCCAAGCGAGCGGUAGCAGUGCCGCGAGUGGCGCAAGCGCCGUCAGCUCGCACAGUGGUGAGCCGGACUCUUCGGUGCCGACGUCGAUACCGCAUUACGGUCUCCGGAACACGGUGGAUAUAGGUCAGCAGCAACGACGCGACAUGGAGAACCCGGAGAAGGGCGAGCGCGGCCAGCGCUCGAUGUCGGCGCCGCCGGAGAAUCGGCAGCAGCAGCAACCUGAUCAGUCGCGACAGCAGCAACAACCUCAAGGUCAAAGAUUCGUCUCCCGGGUGGACAUCACGCCGCAGCACAAUCAGCAACGCGCCCAGUCGCCUAAGCAGCAGCCGCCUUCGGCGUCCAGCAACGUCAGGCACAUCCCCAUCUUCGUUGAGGGUCGUGACGAGCCGGUGAUGCCGAAGGUCGCGGAGGAUGCAUCACCUCCGUCGUCCUACCAACGGCAACCGUCACCGCCGCAAUUCCACAGACCGUCGCACUUCAACGAACACUUCGCGCGGCAGCAGUGGCCGCCGCCGCACUUCCAGAACGCCUUCUACGACCAAGGCUUCGAGCAGCCCAUGCGCCGUCACCAGCAAUAUCCGCCGCCGCCACAGCAGCACAAUCAACAGUACUAUCAGCAGCCCCAGCAGCAGCCCCAGUACUAUAACCAGCAGUCUCAGCAGCCGCAAUACUUCAAUAAGCAACCUCAACAAUCUCAAUACUACAACCAGCAGUAUCAACAGCCACCGCAGCAGCAACAGCAGCCUCAACAACCACACAAUCAGCAGCAGCCGGCCCAACAGCAGCAGCAGGAAGCGGCCAAACCAAAACCCCCGGUGCCGAAGGAUCCUCUCGAGAAAGUCGCUCAGGUGCAGAAAGAGGUGGACAACUUGGCCGAGCAAGUGCAACGUUACGUUGGCGGCUCCCGGCAGGACAAGGAGUACGUUUACCUGGACGAGAUGUUGACGCGCGAGCUGAUCAAGCUGGACGACAUCGAGACGGAGGGUAGAGAGAACGUACGGCAGGCGCGCAAGAACGCUAUCAAGAGCAUACAGGACACGAUCAGCCUCUUGGAGACGAAGGCGCCUCUCGCCGGCCAGCAGGAACAGCCGCGCGGAGAGGAGGAAUGCGCGGAGAAGAAUCAGCGAGAAGAAGCUCCACAAACGGAAGCUAUGGAGGUAGAUACGAAGCAGGAGAAACCGAUGAACGAGCCGAUUCCGCUUCCGCCGGCGCCAUCGUCGCCCACAGAGACGAAAGCAGAAUCUUCGGAUAAAGAAAGUGGCGCGACAGCCGUCCCGGAGGCCGCGAAUCAGAGUGUCACAGCCGCUAAGGAAGACACGGAACGGACCGAAGUGACCGCCGGGCGGAAAACCGAGGAGAGUCGCGCGACGGAAACCGCAGAGGCCGUCGUCGCUCCGACGGCGACGGACGAGUCAGUGCGCGAAACGAGUGAGAACCCGUCGAAGACGGGGAGCGACGACGGCAAGAACGCGGAACGAAAGAACGGCGAUGUGAUGACGCAAACGGAAAAGGGUGACUCGAUGGCGGUUGCGACGCUGGAGCUGGUCGAGAAGGAGGCGAAAGAAGGGGGAAAGACGGAGGACGGACAAAAGCCGAGGCUGCUGAAGAAGGCGAAGAAGACGAAGAAGCAGCCGCAGCAGCCGGUGUCCGAGCAGGCGAUUCCGUUGCCGCCGCCGCCGCCGACGGAGAGUGCAAAGUAGACGAACACCGGACGUUGAAGUGUCAUAAUCGAAUGUCUGAGAGAGAGGAAAAAAAGGAGCGAGAAGAGAACAAUUCGAGAGUGUCAGCAUACGAGAAAUGGAGAGGGGAAGAGAGAGGGAGAGAAAGAAAGAAAGGAAGAGAGGGAGAUUUCGUGGACGAAAUUUUAUGUGGGUAAGGGAAAGAACGAGGGUGAAUUUCGUUAGAUGGCGAAAGAAACGCACGACGAUGCGGACGAUGCGGACGAUGCUCGUCGAAGGACAUCGAUUAACCGAAUUGCGCGCGCGCGUAAGAUGGCUAGGCGAGUGUGUGUGUGUGUGUGUGUGUGUGUCAGUCUGUUUGUCUGUCUGUAAGACGCUGACAGCUACUUUCUUGAUUUUUUUUUUACUUUUCCCGAGACCAAGCUGAAGGAGUUCUCCCGGCUGCGGAGGCGCGCGCGCGUGUCGUCACAGUCGGGAGCGACCCGUAGAGUAGCGAGCCGAGCAACGGGCGACUCUGCCGAGUCGCUCGAACGGUUGCCUUAGGACCGAAGCCUUCUUCGCAGCUCUCGAUUUAUGAAAGGUACGAAGCGCGCAAGAGCGGACUACUGUGUGAAGUGAACGCGCGACGGUAGUACCGCCUAUAGGCUCGUAAAUAACCGGCUUUCCUCCCGAGGGAUA